CUGCAUUGUAAAGUGGCUUAUAUGCGGAAUACGUUUUAUGUAUACAUUUAUUUAUAUAUAUACACAUCAGUCUACACUGACGACUAAACCCAUCUAUCUCUGUCCAACCUUUCUCUCUCUACAAUUCACUGCUCAACUCAUUUUUCUGCUUUGGAAUAUCUCUCGCUGAGGAGUCAUGUCGGAGAAGGGUCGGCCAUUGCCAAAGUUUGGUGAAUGGGAUGUUAAUGAUCCUACUUCAGCUGAGGGAUUUACUGUAAUAUUUAAUAAGGCCCGUGAUGAGAAAAAGACGGGUGGGAAACCAGAUUCUCCUUCAAAGGUGGAUACAAAUACAAAUUAUGGAGGAGCAGAACCUAUAAAACCUCAGGGUAAAAAAUGGUUUUGCUGCAUGCAGAGCCCAAGUGCAGAAUCUUGACCAUGUGUAUGUGUAGAAGAAAAAUGUAGAGUGCAUAUUUUAUAAAGAACGCAGAAGAAUGGGAGGUGCAGGUGCAGGUGGCAUUAGGCACUCGCACUCCAUUCCGUGUGUUGUAAAACUGCGUUCGUGUUGUGCCCAAUCAUUUCCCAAACUUCCUUAAACCCUAUACUGCUAUGUGUUUUGUUGCGGAUCAUCUUCAUCAUAUGCUUGUUGUUUUUGCUAUUUCUGACGUGUAAAUUAUUUGCGAGUCUCUGGUAAUUACCAUUUCGAUGCUUAUUCAUUUGCA